AUAUAAUAAAUUUUAAUUAUGUCGUCCGAAUUUAUUUUCGGACUACUAUUUUUAAAAAGUCAUAAAUAUAACCAUAUUUAAUUAGUCAAGUUUGAAUUUUGUGUUAGGCUCGGUAAAUUAUUUCAACUGCUUAGUACCGUUAACAGUGCACAGGUGGCGGUAAAAAUUGCGCAUAUGUAAAAAUAUUAUCGCGGCGACGUCAUCAAAGCAAACGCUGUGCAUUUUAAAUAGCAGCCGCAGUCAUUGCUGCUGUGUACCUACACUGGAUACCAAUUAGUGCUGAGGACGGAAGAGGCUUGUCAAUAAGCUUGCAGAGCUAUAGCGAUCGAGGGAUCGGAUCGGACCGCAAUGGAUGACAUCUACGAUGGACAGUUCAGUCAUAUAUAAAGUGCAGAGUACUGCUGGGCGUUGUUUUAGUGAAGCGACCAAGCCAUGAAUAACACGGGGCAGCUGCAGGCGCUGCUGCUGUUGGUUUUGCUAAUCUCGGCCUGCUCCUGGAGCAGCACCAGCGCCCGGCCUGGCGGAGUGAAGCUGCAAGCGCAAUUGGUGCGCGCGAUCAGCGCCUAUAGGAGGCUGGAGCGCAGCCUGCCGCCGGAGGAGCUGCGCGCCUUGACGGGGCUGGGACUGCUGAACGGUGCCCGCCAGACCAAGGAGCAAAUGGAGCAGCAUCUGGUGCAGGCCAUCAAGGAGCUGCUGCGGCAGACCGAGGCCGAGCCGGACAAUGACAUAUUGCCAAGGAUCGAUGCGAUCGAGCAGCAAAUGUCCCGCGAUCAGCAAGCACUCAAAAUCCUGGGCAGCGUCAUGGACGUGCUGUGCGAUGAUAAGGACGAGCAGCAGUUCCGCCGGGAGGUUCACAGCGUGCUCAAGGAGCAACAGCAGCAACGGCAGCUGCAGCUCCAGGCGCUGCUCAGCGAGGAGCAGCAGGAGGUGGGCAGGCGACUGGGGCAGUUGCGUUGCCACAUACUGGAGCAGGUGCCUCAGAUGAAGACGGAGCUGGAGACGAAAAUAGAGCGCACCCUGCACUACCUUCUGAAGCAUGCCACAGCCGGUGGCCCACUGGACAGGGCGAGUCACAAGGUCCUACACAAACGCGCAGUCGACGAGGCGAAGAGUCCCGAUAACAUAAAGGACCAGAUCGAGGCUAUGCUCGAGGACAGGGCCAAAUUGAUGGAGGACGACUUCCGGGAGAACUUGGUGGUGCAGCGUUUCGAGAAGAGCGAUGAUGGCAAUAGCGCAGCGCAGUCGGAAAACGAGUUCGAUGAGCUGGAAAAUGCUUCGCGGAAUAUUACAGCUAAAGCGAAAAUCCCAACCAAUGCCAAGCAGGAGGAUGAAAUCGGCUCGGCAGAGCUCGGCGGCGACGUUGACGGCCCGGAUGGAGGCGGCGGUGGGGGCGGCGGCCUCGUCGGCAUCAUCGGCAGCUUAAGUGGCGGCGAGGGCGGCUCGGACGUGGGCGCCCUGAUUGGCGCACUCACGGGCCUCGUUUCGACGCUCUUCGGCCCGGGCGGCCUGGACAUCGACUCGCUGAUCAGCACGGCGACAUCGCUCAUCUCCGGCCUGCUGGCGGGCGACAAGAACUUUGGCACGGUCCUGGGCCAGUACGUGGGCACGGCCUUCGAUGGUCUGUCUGGUGGAGGCGGUGCGAUAAACAAUGGACAGUUUCUGGGCAACUUUGUGGGAACCGUUCUGGCCUCUCUGAGCGCAGAUCCCGACGACGAAGGACCCCCGCAGCCACUCACAUUUACCAAAAACUUCCUGAGCGCCUUCCUGGAGUCGAAAUUGCGACCGCCCGAGGCCUCGGAGGAGCGUCACGGCAGCGCCGAGCUGCCGCGCCAGAAGAAAAAGGAAGCCCAAGGCUCGGCUGGCUUCGACUCCAACGGGUUCAUCAAGCAGAUCGCCUCGCACCUGGUCAGCAGUGCUCUGGGCCUGCUGCUGAAUGCGUCGCUGGGUGCCUCGGGCGGGGCGUCACAUGCCUCCACGGGUCUCUUCGCCAGCAGCAGCCAUCACAUGAAGCCAGCCGAAGGCCGAUCAUGGACGGAAGUCUAGGCCAGUCCCAUCUACAUUUAACGCAUUAAAACUUUUUUUUUUAUUUUUUUUGUGCAUUUCGAUUAAGUAGUACAUAAGAAAUAAAGAGUUAGAUCCGCCGAUAGA